GAUUCGGGUGCGUUUAUUUAUCGCUUCCGCUUCCGGCAGUGGCUAGGGGAAGCUAUAAUAUAGUCGGCGACGAUCCUUGAAUCUGUCGUCCUUUGCCCCCCUUCCGUUCCCCAACCCCAGCCGUCUAGGGUCCAUUAAACUUGCUCAUCCCCAAACCGACCCUCCUUUUAAAGACCGACCUGCCGCCCUGCCGCCCUGCCGCUUAUUGCUUAUUGAUCGUCCACAGCCUCAUAAUAUUCCAAGCCAACCCCCCCCCCUUUCAGCCUUCGCAUCGAAAUCCACCGUCGCACGACAAUUAAGGAUCAAACACAGCACCUCCGUCACAAUGCUCAACGUCAACGUAGUUCUCCUCGGCCUCGCCGUCGGCGUCGCACAGGUCAAUGGUCACUUCAACCUCAACUACCCCACCACCCUCGGCUUCGACGACGAGAAGGAAGCUACGGGUCCCUGCGGCGGCUUCAAGCCCUCCCUCGACAAGACCACCGACUUCCACAUCGGAGGCGACGUCAUUGCUGUCAGGACCACUCACCCAAAGGCCAAUUGGUUCUUCCGCGCCACCACCAACCCGACGGCCGCUGGUGGCUGGGUCAACAUCCUUCCUGAGAUCGAGCAGACCGGGCUCGGAUCCUACUGCGAGCAGAACCUGAAGCUGCCCGAUUCGUUUGCCGGCAAGAUAGGCUUCGUCCAGGUUGUCCAGCAUGCUGUUGAUGGCGACCUCUACCAGUGUGCUCCCGUCAACUUCGUAAACAGCGUCGCAGCCUCCAUCCCAUCGGCUUGCACAAACGCAACCGGUCUCACUGCCACCGCCUUGGCGGGCGCUGCCUCCUCCGGCGCAUCCACCACCGGCUCCUCGCCAUCCUCUACCACCGGAGGAAGCGCCGCAUCGACGACCUCUAGUGCCGCGGCGAAGACCUCGACGGGUGCAGCGUCGGCGAUCGGUGGGAGUGACGUGUUGGGCGCUUUCGGCGCUGCUGCCAUGUCUCUUGCGGCGCUGUUUGCGCUUGUCCUAUAAUACCCUGUUUGAUAUGGAGUUUGAGAGCAGAUGGCCUUGGGAUAGGGCUUUUUUUGUAACUUAAAAGAAUAAUGGAUCGAUGAAAUAUUUGAAAUUGUCGCGGACACUAAUGAACUGGCUUGUUCAAUGCCUUGCUUUGCAUUUGUUUUAGUGACUCUGUUAUGACGAGAGUCGCAAAUACGGCUGCGGUGUAAAAUAGAACGGGUGUACAUAAAUAACCAUGGUAGUACCGUCGCGCAUAUGUCUUGGUAGCCCUUGCUUACCGUUCUCGCAAGUAAAAGAAGCCAUA